AUGCAUCAGUAUACUUCUAUCUUCGGUGCCGCACCCUUACCAGUGCCGUUGCCCACUGCAACUGCUUCUGAUGCUUGGCAGACAAUGUUCGGAAGCCAAGCCUUUGGUGGAUCCAGUAAUUUGGAUGUGACUCAAAGUGAUUCCGCCCAGGAUAUCAAAAGCGCACAAGAGAGUGGUGCAGAAAAGGAUGUGACAACGCAGCAGAAUGGGAUAAAGACGGAGAACACGGCAGCUGAUGUUCCAUCAUCGUCCAAGUCUUUAUUCGGAACAUCGCAUCUUCUUCGCGAUUAG